AUGAGUUUUCAAUCAUUUCUCAAUACGUGCUCACUUUUCGCGACAAAUAUCAGGUUCUACUUAUUGAAACUGAUUUAUAAUUAAAGAGAACCAAAACAAAAAAUAUGGCAAGUAAAGAUGCACGUAAUGCUCAAUCAGCGGAAUUACCAAGCAAGACCAAGUCAACUUCUAAGUUGAUGCCGGCAACUGUGGCUUUUGGAAGAUCUAGGAGAUCGUCAAUGCUCCCAACCACAGCUGGUCCGGUAGCUGGCUCCCGGAGGGAAAAAUUGGAACGAUCUAAAAGGGGGACUAGAGACCGGGAAAGACCAGAGGCAACCCUUCAGCAAACAGAAAAGAGUGCUCGAGGCAAAUCGUCUAGACGGACUAAGAUAAAACAACAACGUACAGCUCCUGAGGAAAAGUCUAUAAUGGCACCCGAUAUGGAAGACUUUCUGGUUUUGGAGAAAACGCUUCGAGAAUUGAAAUUUUAUCAUGGGUUUCUACCACGCGAAGAUCUGCAAACCACGUUGCACAAUCCAGGAGAUUAUUUGAUUCGUGUGUCGGAAGUAGUUGAAGGAGAAAACAAGCUUGUUCGGGAGAUCAUUUUAUCACUAAUGACGGUUCAUAUGGAAGGAAAACAAAAAAAGAAAAGGAUUCAUAAUGUGGUGAUUAAACGUGUAUCCAACAAGUUCUUAUGUGAAGCUGCACGUCCUUUUGCAUCUGUAACCGAUCUCAUCACCUACUACUCAAAACACACUGGUCAUUGCUCUUCUGGAAAUUUUCAACUCAAGCACCCGAUUCUUCAGCAAUCAUGGGAAUUUAUGCAUUCGGAUGUGACAGUUGGAGAUGUCCUAGGUGAAGGAGCAUUCGAAAAAGUGUGCGCUGGUGAAUUGAGGCUCAAAGAUGGAAGUUCAGUAGAAGUAGCAAUCAAGAUGACCAACGCAUCUGCAUUUUUGAGCAAAAUGAAGAUAAAAGAGAUGAUGAAUGAGGCAAGGUUCAUCAGAAACUUUUCUCAUAAAAACGUUGUACGCCUGUAUGGAGUUGCUCAUGACGAGCAGCCACUGUACAUUCUGCUUGAGUUGGUCAAAGGUGGAUCCUUGCAAGAUUACAUGAAGAAGACGAAAUCGGUUCCUUUGGCGGAUAGAAUCAAUUUUUGUCUUGGAGCUGCAAAAGGUCUUGCGUACUUGCAUCAAAACUAUUGUAUCCACCGGGACAUCGCUGCGAGAAAUUGUCUUCUUCACGAGAACGAAGUCAAGAUCACCGAUUUCGGAUUAUCUCGUGCUGGACCAUCUUAUACAACAAAGACAUCUUGUAAGCUUCCGGUAAAGUGGCUCGCGCCUGAAACCUUGGCUACUCUGAGCUUCUCAUAUGCAACUGAUGUUUAUAGGUGUCUCGAAUGCAACUGUCAUGUCUGAUAUCAUGGCUAACAAUUUUUAUCCAAUGCCAUCAAUGACUCCAGAGGAAGUGAAAGAGUACAUGAGCAGUUCCAUUUUUGCCGAAGAAUCUCGUCGCGCCACAAUACCAUUGGCAGUUGCAGAAUUUGAACGAUUUUCUCGAAUGUGUGAAGAUGGGGCAUUGGAGAUGGGAAAAGCGAAAAAUAAGCUUUUUGCCAAAAGAGGAGUGAACUGUUUUUAUGAUUCGAUCUACUUGAAUUCGUUCUACUUGAAUAAAAUUUGA